AUGCCGUUAAUAUCUGCCUUUCGACCCCGUUCCACGCGGAGCUCCUCUCUCCGGCGGAGACCCCGUAGGCAGAGAAGGUCUCCGAGACGUGGCGAUGUCCAACACAAUGAGGAAGUUAAUCGGGACGAUGACGAGGAAGAUGAAGAAGAUGCACAUUCCAUCAUCACUCCAUCGAAGCAUACCCCCAAGGCAAUUCGGGUGCUACGGGGCUCUGUGUCGUCAGGGGGCCCGUUACGGCCUUUUCGUCUGAUAAAGCAGGACAUACUGAACUUGCGCCGCAGAUAUGUAUCCGACUGGACUGUCUUCAAUCAAUUGAUUUUUGCUAGUGCAGUCUAUGUCUUCUUUACGAAUCUUUUGCCGGGCAUUACCUUCGCCAGCGACCUCUAUGUACUCACUGGGCAGAACUGGGGAACUAUCGAGGUCGUGUUUAGUACAGGCUUAUGCGGCAUCAUCUUUUCACUCUUCUCCAUCCAGCCACUAACUAUUCUUGGUGUUACUGGGCCCUUCUCAGUGCUGGCUGAGAAUAUAUAUUCGCUAUGCGAGGAUGUUUUCAAGAUACCAUUCUUGCCGUUUAUGGCCUGGUCUCUGAUCCAUUCGGCCUGGCUUCACUACGUCCUGGCUAUAGUUAACGCUCACGACUGGACGAUGCGUUAUGUUACCACUUUUGCAACCGAGAUCUUCUCGCUUCUCAACAGCAUUAUCUACUUCCAUAAAGCUAUCCAAGAGCUCGAAAGAGCACACGAAAGCCUAUCAUUUGCAGCAUUUCUCUACGCUAUCAUAGGAGCUGUGGGAACGAUGCUGCUCGCAAUCUUUCUAUCCACGGCCGAGAGCUGGCGUCCGCUGUUCCAUCGAUACAUCCGAAUGGGCCUGACUGAGUAUGCUGCUGCGAUUUCCAUCAUCAUCUUCAUCGGUCUUCCCCACGUUGGAGAACUAGCCCAUUUGGAUAAAAUGACACUUCCCGUCAGCACCUCGUUCAAACCUACAUCUCCUAGUCGUGAUAGAUUCCUCGUCGAAUUCUGGCAUCUCCCUGUAUCCUGGGUGUUCGCUGCUGUCCUUCCCGGUAUUAUCAUUACCGUGCUCUUUUUCUUCGAUCAUGAAGUUAGCUCGAUCAUCUGCACAAUUGAUCGCUACGGCACCAGAAAACCAGGAGGUUUCGCUUGGGACAUAGUCCUCCUAGGCACCACAACAGCAUUGUGCGGCAUCCUAGGAAUUCCUCCUGCCAACGGACUUCUUCCUCAAGCCCCUCUCCACUCGGAGUCUCUAAUGCAUACAGAAAAGGAGCAGCGCACAAUUACAGUUGACGGAGAAGAAAAGAUCGAAACAUACGAGGUGAAGCGCGUUUACGAACAGCGCUGGUCAGCAUUCCUCCACUCAGCCGUCAUCUUCCUUUUCAUCAGUCCACCAUUCAUGAAAGUGCUGGGAUUGACCCCAACAAGCGUCCUAGCAGGGCUAUUCAUGUUCAUGGGCGAGCAGAGUUUAUCUGUCAACCCAAUCCUCUACCGGACCUUCUACCUCUUAACUCCGCCUUCCGAGCUCCCUCCUCUCCCACCAUCUCUUGCCACACAGCAACCAAUUACCUCCGAAGCGGAACCCCCAACACCAUCAUACAUCCCCAUCCACCUCUACACCAUCCUCCAGAUCGUCAUAACCGUAGCCAUCUUCAUCCUAACCCUCACCCGUGGUGCACCCGCAUUCCCCGUGCUCAUCGUCUUAUUAGUCCCCUUCCGUCUUCUCGUAAUGAAGCGCUGGUGGCCCCGCGAGGUCCUGAGGUUCGUAGAUGCAUGGGCAUGCAAAGAGGGGACACCAGAGGAUGACGAAGAUGCUGAAGCGAAAUUGCGCAGUGAGCAGUCGGGAGGGGUUUUUGCUUCGCACGACCAGUCUGGUUCUGAUACUGCUGUGACUGAGGAUAUGCGAACGAGCCAAAGGGUUGAAUUAGGUGGGGGUGAUCUCGCAGAUAGGCGUGGCGAUGACGAGACUGGGAAUGAGUGGGUUGAGCUGGGGGUUUGGAGUCGUGCUGAUGAAGAGUCGGGAGGUCGGUCACAACGCAGGGAUAAAUGA